AUGUCUGAUCAAUCUCAAGAUAUUGAGCAAUUCGUAUCCCUUACAAGUACAUCAUCGGGCGUUGCUAAGCAAUAUAUCGAAGCCUUUGGGGGAUUAGAAUCAGCUUUGAAUGCCUACUAUGCUGACCAGAUGGAAUCCAAAGAUGUUAGACAUGAUCGAGAGACGUCAAUGGAGAAACCAAGACCAUUAUCAGAGAGUCCACUUCCUGCAGCAUCAAACUCAUCGCAUUCAAACGAUUCUAUGAAGAGGUCAACUAACAAUUCCAGAUUCAUGAGUUUUUCUGAUAUGGUUAGACAUAAUGCAGAUGAAGAAGACGAUGAGGAUAAGCCUAGAAACACAUUUGCAGGAGGUGAGACAUCAGGUUUAGAGGUCACGGAUCCAACAAAUAAUUCUGAUUCUUUGAUAAAGGAUCUUCUGGAGAAGGCAAAGAGAAAUGCUUAUGAAGAAAAUGAAUCUGAUAGUAGCAGUAAUAAGUCCAGUGAGCAUCAAUUUGCCGGUAGAGGCUACAGAUUAGGGUCGACUUUAGGUGCACCAAGUCAACUAGCUGAUCAACCUGAAUCUAAAUCAAGGGUGCAGAAGGUCAAAAGAGAAAUUACUUUCUGGAAAGAAGGGUUCCAAGUUGGUGAUGGACCUCUUUUCCGUUACGAUGAUCCAGCAAAUAGUUUCUACUUGAAUGAGUUAAAUCAAGGUAGAGCUCCAUUGAACUUAUUAAAUGUGGAACUGGGCCAAGAAGUAGACGUUAGUAUUUUCAAGAAAUUGGACGAAUCAUACAGACCACCGAAGAGAAAAUUAGGUGGUUUCCAUGGUGAAGGUCAAAGAUUGGGUUCGCCAAUUCCUGGUGAGCCUUCAACUCCAACACUACGAGAAGAAGCUCCAAAGACCAAAGAAGAAGUCAAAGAAGCUCCAUUAAAAGGAGAUACGUCUGUUCAAAUCAGAUAUGCCACUGGUAAGAGGGAAGUCCUACGUUGCUUCUCAACAGAUAAAGUGCAAAUGAUUUAUGAUCACAUCAAGAAAAAUACUGCAGAUAUAAGGAAUUUCACCAUUAACCAUGCUUUCCCUGUGAAAGCAAUCACUGAUAUGAACCAAACAAUAGAAGAAGCAGAUUUAGCCAAUUCCGUGGUCGUUCAAAGGUGGGCAUAA